UCCUGUAGUCGGUUAGUUGGGCUUCGGGUCACUAAGGGGCAUAGCGGAUACAUGUAUUUAAAUUUCCAAAUUUAUUUGAAACACAAAACCAACCACGAGUGUCAGGUCCAUAGAAGAACGGCCACGAGACUAACAACAAAAGAGCUCCGCAUCUGGAUAGAAAACAGUGGAAUUGAAUUUCCUUGUCCAAAAGGCACACGAUUCGAACAAUGUCUCUCCCAACACCAAGGAUUCGUCUGCCCAACACAAGACAGGAGAUGGCGCAAAUGCUGGCAAAGCCGGGCAGUUUAGGUCAAACCCCCAUCUUACCUGGCACACUGAGCUCUAUGAUGUCUAGGAAUCCCUUCACAAACAAUAACAUGCCAGACACUCUGGACAUUAAGAGCUUGGAGCAUGAAGGCGACUACUACAUUCAAAAACAGCAGCUUCAAGCUGCAUAUGCCACCAGCCAUCUACAGCACAUUUGUGCUCUAGAUAUUGACUCGGAACCCCUUCAAGUCCGUAUGACGGGCAUCAUUUGCACAAUUGGACCAGCAUCCAGAGAAGUAAAAACCUUGCAGAAAAUGAUGAUGGAAGGCAUGAACAUAGCUCGUCUAAAUUUUUCUCAUGGAACAUAUGAAUAUCACAAGGGCACGAUAGAAAAUGUUCGUCAAGCCGUGGCUGAGUUCUCAGAACCUCGGCCAAUAGGAAUUGCACUAGACACCAAAGGACCAGAGAUUCGAACAGGCCUGCUGCAGGAUGGUGCAUCCGCUGAAGUUCAGCUGAAUUUGGGCGAUACAAUCAAAAUUACAAUUAAUGAUGAAUACAAGGAGAAGUGCUCUAAGGAUAUCUUGUGGGUUGACUACAAGAACAUCAUCAAAGUGUUGGAUGUGGGCAAGCGUAUGUUUAUCGAUGAUGGCCUCAUCUCUGUUAUUGUAAAAGAAAAAGGUGAUGACUACCUUGUAUGCACUGUGGAAAAUGGUGGCAAAGUCGGCAGCAAGAAAGGUUGCAAUCUGCCAGGUAUUGCUGUUGACUUGCCGGCAGUUUCUGAGAAGGAUAAAGAUGAUUUGUUAUUUGGGGUGGAAAAUAACGUGGACAUGGUGUUUGCCUCAUUUAUUCGAUCAGCAGAUGGCAUACGUGAAAUCCGCAAAAUCAUGGGAGAGAAAGGCAAGAACAUCAAGAUAAUUGCCAAAAUAGAGAAUCAUGAGGGUAUCAAAAGAUUUGAUGAGAUCCUGGGAGAGGCAGAUGGUGUAAUGGUUGCAAGAGGUGACAUGGGGAUUGAAAUACCCACAGAGAAGGUUUUCUUGGCUCAGAAAAUGAUGAUCGCUAAGUGUAAUCGUGCCGGCAAACCUGUCAUCUGUGCCACACAGAUGUUAGAAAGUAUGACUUACAAGCCACGGCCAACACGAGCAGAGGGAAGUGACGUGGCCAAUGCCGUCCUGGAUGGUGCUGACUGUGUCAUGCUAUCGGGAGAGUCUGCCAAAGGCUUGUACCCACUAGAGACUGUGAGGACGAUGCAUCUGAUUUGCCGUGAGGCUGAAUCAGCCUACUUCCACAACCAGAGAUUUGAAGACUUGAGACGAGAAACACCUCUCUAUGCUGACCCUACUCACACCAUUGCCAUUGCUGCUGUUGAAGCCUCUUAUACCUGUAUGGCAGCUGUAAUUAUUGUGAUUACAACCACAGGCAGAUCAGCCCACCUGGUCUCUGCAUAUAGACCUCGCUGUCCUAUUCUUGCUGUCACUCGUGAUGGACGAGUUGCCCGUCAGUGCCACUUGUACCGUGGUAUCUUUCCCAUCCACUAUGUUGCUACUCCAUUGGACAACUGGGCAGAUGACAUUGACCGCCGCGUCAACCAAGCCAUUGCCUUUGGCAGAGACAAGGAAAUGAUGAAACCAAAAGACCCAAUAAUAAUACUGACAGGGUCAGAUGUGGGCCCAGGAAAGACUAACACCAUGCGCAUUUCAGCCAUGACAGAUGGUGACCACUUGUCUGUCAUGUCACCACCUCAGUGCUCAGGUUUUCAAGAUUGAUAUGUGCACAACAAAAGGAAAAGCUUCAGUUUUUGGUGACAGACAUCUCCAUCGCCUAUCUGGUUGGUCCAGGUUGUUGUUGACAGCUGGAUGUAUUACAGAAGGCUUUAGAGGGCAUGGAUAUGACAGUCUUUCUAAAAAUUUUACUUGCAUAACAUUUUUCCAAUUUUUGAUUUGAUUUUUAUGGCUCUUUUUUUUUUUAAAGUACACUAUUUUGGCUGUCUUGUGUUUCACGUUUCAGAUUAUGCCUUAUGGUAUUUUUAGGGAGCCUUCAUGUACUUGGUUGCAAGGUUGUGUUUGUGUGAACAUCCAUAGCUGAAAAAUGUGUAGAGAGUGUUAGACAUGUAUUUUAUAUUGAAAUGGCACUUCAAAAUGGGCUUGUUGUUCUGGCAACAUUGUAGGUUACUUUAUUAGUAUAGGCUUUGUUAUCACAUUACAUUUAUUGCACACUCUUAGGAAACAACUAAUGGUACUAUUCCUAAAGGGACUAGAAUGAAAUUGUUAUAUUUAGCAAGUAACCCACUUAAAGUCUGAUUAAUCCAGUACUCUAUCUUGCAUAUUGCAGCCUGUGUCUGACAUUUCUAUAUCAAUUUGUACCCAUGCAGUCUGUUGCAUCCAUGAUAGAUACAUUGCAGUUUACCACACUGAAGUUAUCAGCCUGAACAGACUGCAUCUCACAAACAUGACUUAAAUCCAGCCUGGAGCUCUUAAGCUGGUGCAUUAGCUACACUUGCAGAGGAGUUGAACCCUUGAACAGAUAAUGCAACUUUGGUUGAUAUAAAGUAUCUUAUGAUAUCAAAUUAUGAUAAUUCUGUAUUUUGGUAUGUGUGUGUCUUUGUUGCCUAUAUGGUUACUAUUCUUUGUGUAUGUGCAUGCACAUGUUGGGUGUAAGAGAAAGACGGAGCAAUGAUGUUUAAAGUCUACCACAACAUAUUCAGUUUCUGUAUGUUGAAGAUCUGUUUGCUUUCUUAUUUGGUCAUGUCAGUCAUGAUGCACUAGUUUCUACAACAUUUAAUGUGAUUUGUUUUGCUGUUGCUUUACAGUCGGUCAACUUUUAAGGGAUAUAUGUAUAGAGAAAAAGUAACUGAACUGUGUUUGAAAAUCAUGAAAAGUAUUCAAAGCUUUUAUGAAUGUCACUUGGUUUAAGUCUUUUGAUUAAUAGCCUGCUGAACUGUAGAGCAAGUGGAUGUCUUUUGGCAUAUGUUAAAAUAGAUACUUUUAUUUCAAGACUUUAAAAAAUUAUGUCCCUGCUAUUAUGUACUCUCAAAGUGCUAACUGUUUAAUAAUGUUCCAUCCCCCCCACUUUUUUUUUUAGUUUGGCUAAAAUAUGACAAACUGUUCAAUGACAUCAUGACAGUGUUAAAGAGAAAGCUCUGAUGUUAUUCAUUUGUACAGAAAGAAAAGCCUGGUGGUUUACUUUUGAUUUAGGUUUUUUUUUUUUUUUUUUUUUUUUUUUUUAAUCAGAACCUAAGAACAAUAUUUAGUAAUAAAAACAAACUGCCAUGGCAAUUGACCAGAGUAAAUACACAACCAUUAUUUGAAAGUAAAUAAAAAUUGUGGAAAAAAGA